AUGCGCUCUGGGGCCUUCACCUGUGGCUCCGGUUACCAGCGCAUAGGCUCGGCCACUUCUGACCUUCAGGCUCAAAACUGUCGAUGGUGUGCUUCUCCGAGUCGAAAUAAACAGACACGUAAGACACCUCCCGCGGUAGAUCUGAGGGCUGCCAAGUGUGAGACAAGCGGGCCUGGGUCCCAAGGCUUCCGUUCAAUUGGUACCCCUGCCCCUCUUAAAGCUGAAGCCAAAGCAAAGGCUUUGAAGGCCAAGAAAGCAGUGUUGAAAGGUGUCCACAGCCACAAGAAAAAGAGGAUCCGGACGUCACCCACCUUCCGGUGGCCCAAAACACUGCGGCUCAGGAGGCAGCCCAAAUAUCCUCGGAAGAGCGCCCCGAGGAGAAACAAACUUGGCCACUACGCCAUCAUCAAAUUCUCCCUCACCACCCAGUCAGCCAUGAAGAAAAUAGAAGACAACAACACACUGGUAUUCAUUGUGGAUGUCAAGGCCAACAAGCACCAAAUUAAACAGGCUGUGAAGAAGCUCUAUGACAUUGACGUGGCUAAGGUCAAUACUCUGAUCAGGCCUGAUGGAGAGAAGAAGGCGUAUGUUCGACUGGCUCCUGACUAUGAUGCUUUGGAUGUUGCCAACAAAACUGGGAUCAUCUAAACUGAGUCCAGCUGGCUAAUUCCAAAUAUAAAAGUUUUCACUAUGCUAAAAAAAAAAAAACUCACUUAGGAAGUCUUCUCUACUAAUUCUUUAACCUGCGAGUUGACUGCUUCCUAAUUUUUCUAUACACACACACAUACACUUACACACACACAUGCAGACCUUCAUUUACUAUAUUAUCACGACCAGAUUUGCCCAGCUAGAAAGUCAAAUAGUAAAGAAUAUCAAUACUUAAGAGACUAAUAGAAGAGUUUUUAAAAAAUCAGCCUAACUGGUGUUUUAGGAUGAAAGGUAUUCAAAGGCUUGCAGCGAUAUUUGGAUUGUAUUUUUCCUUUACUUUAUAAUCAAAUCAUACUAAUAUAAACCAAAAAACACAACUUGAACUGAACAUACAUUUCACUCAAGACUAAUUACAAAGCAGGCAUUUCAAAUCAGUGUUGAGCUAAUGCUUUUAGAACAAUUAUUUAAUUUUCAGGGUCCAAUAUCUGUCAAGUAAAUCACCAAUUUCCAUUUCAUUCUUAUUUAAUAUAAAAAAAUCAAAUUAGUAUAAAGCUAUUUCACAGCUGUCUUUAAAUUAAACUGUAGUCAAGAAGAGCAUGAAGCAUGUGGGUUUGCUUUGGCAUCUCCAAAUCAAACAUUCUUUUUGUUCAAAUAUUAAAGAACUAUACCAAUAGUUAUGUUUUAUCUUGAAGUUUUAAGCUGGACUUCAUAAUCUCAGAUUUUAACUUCUGAUUUUUCACAAGUAACUCAAAUAUUGAAACAUAUGUUUUUAAGGAUAGGGGUUCGCUGCAGAAUGGAGCAGAAUAUGAAUCAUAAUUACUAGUUUUUCACGAACUUUUGAUAAUAAAAAUCACCAGCUCAGCCACAUC